AUGGGAGACAAAAGUUACAAAGAAGCCUAUAAUGAAGACCACGAGCUAGCAGGAUUUCCUCCCUCUGACAAAAGACUUAAUGAUUAUUAUUAUUGUUUCUUGCAGGAAGAGGGCGAGCUGAUCGUGGAAGGUUUACUCAACAUCUCCUGGGGCCUGAGAAGGCCAAUCAGACUUCAGAUGCAUGAUGACAAUGAGCGCUUUCGCUAUGCCUGCAUGGGUGCGUGGAGGUCAGAGAGCCCAGAGUCCAGCAGGAAUGAAAACGCUAAACACCAGUUCUGUUCAGAGCCCAACAACAAUAAAAUAAGUGCCACAACUCUAUCCAAUGUGGAUGGAGUUGAGGAGGACAUUCCUCAAUUGCUGAGAACAAGAAGUGAUGCCAGCUUUGUGAACAUCCAAAGAAGAUCCAAACUCCACAGCAUUUCUGAUUCCCAGCGGAUAAAGAGACACCGGUUCUCCAUCAAUGGCCAUUUCUAUAAUCACAAAACAUCAGUUUUUACUCCAUCAUAUGGGUCGGUGACUAAUGUGCGAGUGAACAGUAAUUUGACCACACAGCAAGUUCUGAACCUGCUUCUUAAUAAGUUUCGGGUUGAGAAUAAAAUAGAUGAGUUUGGUCUCUACCUAGUGCAUGAAUCAGGAGAGAGAACAAAACUCAAGGAUACAGAAUAUCCUUUAGUAUCUCGCCUGCUGCAUGGUCCAUGUGAAAAAAUUGCCAGAAUAUUUAUAAUGGAAACAGACCUUGGGGAAGAGAUUACAUAUGAUGUUGCACAGUAUAUUAAGUUUGAAAUGCCUGUUUUGGACAGUUUUAUCAAGAAACUGAAAGAGGAGGAAGAAAGAGAGAUUUUAAAACUGACAAGAAAAUACCGCAUGCUGAAGUCAGUGAUAUUGCAGAAAUUGGAUGGCAUCUCUGAGAAUGCAAGUUAUGUGUGAGGAAAAUGUGCUGAGAUUAGAGGCUUUUUCUCUGUGUUUGAGCCACAGGCUGAUAGCUUUUAGGUUGGUUUUUGUAUUCUUAAUCAGUGCAAUAACUAGUGUAUGGGAAGUAUAAGGUACUAGUAACUAUGUUUUCUUGAGAAACUACUAUUAAAGCUUCUUCUGAGGCUAAAUUUCUAAAUACAAUAAACUGCUGGAAACAUGCUUACAAUGCAUGUUAAACCUG